AUGCCCUGGACCUCGGCGUCCUCCACCGUCGGCUUUCCAUCAAGACAAAGAGGUCAGCCUCUAUCGCCAACCAAGCAGAGACAAAAUCAAAUCGUGGAUUUCGCGGUCAACCGCGUCAACGGUGGUUCGCAGGAAUCGAGCCUGUUUGCCGGCAGUGCUCCCGAUGUGGAAGAAUCUCCAUUUGAUGGACAACACCUCCGACGUGCCAUUACAGCCGGCCCUCGCGUCCUCCCUUCUCCAAACCGAUCCUCCACUUUCGGUCGCAGCCAGGCCGAUCCUCAACUCCAGGCAUUCAACUCGAGCGGAUUCGGCACAAAUGGCAUCUUCGCUUCGCUCCAUGAGUUCGAGAAUGGACAGGAUCAGUCCGUGCAUAGCCUUCCACCUGUGAAUGGCACCACAGACCUCCUGCCACCGCGGGACGGUUAUGGGACCUCCAGGCAAAUGAAGGGAAUGUCAGCUGGAAAUCUGUCACGCUACGACGCUGUCUCACCAACUUACGGAAAGGUAAACGGUCGACCGUUGAAUACGGAGCAUGUCGAACAAUUUCACUCUUCUCCAAAACAGAAGUACGACGACACUCUGAGGGCGCUAGAAUCGCUGAAUUUUGAUCACAGUACUGCGGAGGUUGCCCCUGCACGGAGGAUCCCAUCACAGUAUCAACGCGACAUCCACCCUGUCCCGACACAAACCUCUCCACAGUCAAGCGCCCAUUUCAACGCGUUGGAUAGCAACUUUCAACCGCCAAUCGCCCAUGUACCAGGUGUAGCUUCACGCUUGGAUCCUCAAGCGGCUCCACACUAUGGCGGCUUUCAGUAUGGUGGCCGUGGCAACCUCCCCUCACUUUCAAAUGACUAUCGGAGCAAUCUGAACAGUCCGUACUACUCGACCACUGGCACACCUCCAACAGGACCUCAAUCCAUCCGGAGCACUCCGGGAAGUGGCGUUUCUAGCCGUACCUCGCACCAUGAUCCAUUCCUAUUCGACCGCAAGUUCACAAACGUUGACUUUUAUGGCUUUGAUCAGGCUAUGUAUACUCCCGCAUCUCUUCAGCCAGCGGUGAACAAUUUCCAGUAUGAUGUCCAAAUACCGGUGCAACCCAUGCGAAUGAAUCCACUGGCGCACCCCUAUGUCGGACAUGGACAUUCCGGGAUCACAAAUUUUCCUUCGGGCCCUCGAAUGCCUGUUCGUGAGCCGGAACAAAGUCAUAUUGUCAGGAGUCCUUUGCUGGAGGAGUUUCGCAUGAACAGCAAGACCAAUCGACGAUUUGAGCUCAAAGAUAUCUACAACUACGUGGUCGAAUUCAGUGGUGACCAACAUGGCUCGCGCUUCAUUCAGCAGAAACUGGAGACGGCUAACAGUGAUGAGAAGGAGCAAAUCUUCAAGGAGAUUCAGCCCAACUUGCUGCAACUCAUGACGGACGUAUUCGGAAAUUAUGUCAUUCAAAAAAUGUUCGAACAUGGCAAUCAGACACAGAAAAAAAUCCUGGCCCAUCAAAUGAAGGGCCAUGUCUUGCACUUGUCGAUGCAAAUGUAUGGUUGCCGUGUGGUUCAGAAGGCAUUUGAACACGUCUUGACCGACCAGCAAGCCAGCUUGGUGAAAGAAUUGGAUGGUCCUAAUUUGCAAAUACUGAAGGUUGUCAAAGAUCAGAAUGGCAAUCAUGUUGUGCAGAAGGCCAUCGAGCGUAUACCUGGUGAACAUAUUCAAUUUAUUGUCGACGCCCACAGGGGCCAAAUGGCAAAGAUGUCAACACAUCAAUAUGGAUGUCGCGUGGUUCAACGAAUGCUGGAACAUUGUCAACCACAGGCGAAACGGGUGAUCCUAGACGAGCUUCUCGAACACAUUCUACCCCUGAUCAGCGACUCUUACGGGAACUACGUCGUGCAGCAUAUCAUUCAGAAUGGUGAGCCUCAGGAUCGGCGUCAAGUUGUCAAUAUUGUCCUUCAACAACUACUCGCAUUUUCCAAGCACAAAUUUGCCAGCAAUAUUGUCGAAAAGAGCAUAGACUGUGCAGAUGAGGAUCAGCGCGCACAAAUUCUUCGUGGCUUGACAGCACCUAAUGAGCAGGGCGUCACUCCAGUCCUUGGACUGAUGAGGGACCAAUAUGGCAAUUACGUCUUGCAAAAGGUAUUUGGCCAGGUGCAAGGGCCUGAUCUUCUGGCGUUGAGGGCGGAUAUGGAGCAGAACUAUCCUGUACUUCGACGCACCAGUUAUGGCAAGCAGGUCACUGCAAUUGAGAAGCUUCUAUUCGGAGGCAAUGGGCCGUCCACGACUUCGACCACAAGUAGCCGCAGCUCGACACUACCCAGCACGAAUGCAAGCAGCACUGUCGACGGCGAGACGCCUUCUUCGCAUCAUUCGGACUUCAAGUAG